GUGGAACUCAUACAUCAGGCAGAGCAUACAAACACACAUUCACACACACACACACACACACAUGCUCAGUCAGCGUAAGUGACACAAGUGCUGGCUCCAUUCAGCACUGAGUUGACUGACUCACUGCUAUCCAUUAGCCGGCAUGCCGCAGAGAAAGAGGAGUUUCACUUUUGGAGCCUAUGGAGGAGUGGACAAGACCUUCUCCAAGGCCAGAAGCAUAUGGAAACAAGAUGGGAGUGACCCCCGAAUUUCUGCAACACUAGAGCCCCAGCUGUUCCAGCCUACGCUCCCAUACUCCACCUCACCCUUCCACAAGACCACAGAUUUAUUUGAAAUGAUUGAAAAGAUGCAGGGCAACAGGAUGGAUGAGCAGAGGUGCACCUUUCCUCCCCCACUCAAGACCGAGGAGGACUACAUUCCAUACCCAAGUGUCCAUGAGGUGCUGGGCAGAAAAAGUCCCUUUCCUCUCAUCCUCCUGCCACAGUUUGGGGGGUACUGGAUUGAGGGGACCAACCAUGAGCUCAGUGACACCUCUGUGGACACAGAGCAGCUGCAGCCUCUGUCCCCAAACACCCGCACCAAGCUGGAAUGUAACACAACUGCCACACUCUUCAGGAAACACUUCCUGAGCAAGGAACACUUUAAUUACUAUUCAGUGGACAGUGCCCUUGGACAUCUGGUGUUCUCACUAAAGUAUGAUGUGAUUGGUGACCAGGAACAUCUCCGGCUAAUGCUCAGGACCAAACUGAAAACCUACCACGAUGUGAUCCCCAUUUCCUGCCUGACAGAGUUUCCCAAUGUGGUCCAAAUGGCCAAGCUCGUCUGUGAAGAGGUCAACGUGGACCGUUUUUUUCCUGUCCUUUAUCCAAAAGCUUCGAGACUUAUUGUCACCUUUGAUGAACAUGUGAUAAGCAACAAUUUCAAGUUUGGGGUCAUCUAUCAAAAGUUUGGACAGACUUCAGAGGAAGAGCUAUUUGGCAACAGUGAAGAGAGUCCUGCCUUUGUAGAAUUCCUGGAGUUUUUAGGAGAGAAAAUUGAGCUGCACAACUUUAAAGGUUUCCGUGGAGGGUUAGAUGUGACUCACGGGCAGACUGGUACAGAAUCUGUCUACUGCAACUACCGCAACAAAGAGGUCAUGUUCCAUGUGUCCACAAAGCUGCCUUACACAGAGGGGGACACCCAGCAGUUACAGAGAAAGAGGCACAUAGGGAACGAUAUUGUGGCCAUCGUAUUCCAAGAAGAAAACACUCCCUUUGUACCAGAUAUGAUUGCCUCCAACUUCCUCCACGCUUAUGUAGUGGUCCAAGUGGUCAACCCGUGCUCUGACAAUGUUCUCUACAAGGUGUCGGUGACAGCAAGAGAUGAUGUACCUUUCUUUGGCCCAGCCCUCCCAAACCCUGCUGUCUUUAAAAAAGGCCCUGAAUUCCAUGAAUUCCUUUUUACUAAGCUCAUCAAUGCAGAAUAUGCUUGCUACAAGGCUGAGAAAUUUGCCAAAUUAGAGGAACGAACGCGGUCGGCCUUGUUAGAGACACUGUAUGAGGAGCUCCAUGUGAACAGCCAGGCCAUGAUGGGAGUUGGAGGAGAGGACGACAAACUGGAAAAUGGGAGUGGAGGAGGAGGGGGCUUCUUUGAGUCCUUCAAGCGAGUGAUCCGCAGCAGGAGCCAAUCUAUGGAUGCCAUGGGUCUUACUUUCAAGAAGCCGCACACAGUCUCCACUAGCCUGAGCGGCAACUUUAACCACAGCCCCGCAGAGAGCCCCAAAUUCCCAGGGAUAUCAUUGCUUGUCCCAGGCAAAAGUCCCAGUAAAUAUGGACGUCGAGGCAGUGCCAUAGGGAUAGGAACAGUAGAAGAGUCUUUGAUAAUCCCGGGGAAAAGCCCAACCAGGAAAAAAUCUGGUCCUUUCAGCUCCAGGCGAAGCAGUGCCAUCGGUAUUGAAAAUAUUCAGGAAGUCCAGGAGAAGAGCAGUAGAGAGAACUCCCCAAAUACCCAGAAGACCCCUGACAGCGGUCACGUCUCUCAAGACCCCAAAUCUGACAACUCGUCCAAUCAGAGCUCCCCUGAAGUGCUCACAACCACCAAGAACAGUUCUUAUCUCGGUGGCAGGGCCCCGUCCAUCCCUGAGGGUCAUGACCUCUCCCGCUCCUCCUCCAACGCGAGCAGCUUCGCCAGUGUGGUGGAGGAGAACGAGACAGAGGCCACAGAGGACUAUGACACAGGCAUGGAGAGUCUGUCAUCUGCUGGCACACCACACAAGCGAGACUCCUUCACCUACAGCACCUGGCUGGAGGACAGCAUCAGCAGCACCAGUACCACCAGUCGUGGGAGCUCCCCAGGGCCUGGGAAACCUGAUCGAGGAAAAGGGACAGACAUUCGUAUCAAACUGGAACGACCACAUGAUCAUCAGUCCUCAUCGAAUUGUUAGCUCCACACACCUGGUUGUAUCCUGGAUCUCCAUCUUCAGCAUUCCCAUAAGUCACGAUCCUUCUGGGAGAUGAGACAAGUGCAGGCAUUCGCCAUGACCAGUGAUGAGAGGGAGAAAGAUGAGGAAGAUGAGAAAGAAGAGAAAAUGCAGGUGGAGCCUGGCCAGCCUGCUGCUCACUGAGGGUCAGAGCGCAGAAGUCCAGAAGCCUGGAGGACACUGGAGAGGAUGACGCACAAAGAGGGGCCAGCUUUUGCACAGUGUUGUUUCCUUCCACUCUUUUCUUUGCCUCCUCACACAUCUGUUGCCUAGUUGUAUGUUGUUAUUUUUUUACCUGAUCUUUAUUUCAAAAGCACACAUUUUAUCUACAAAUGUAAUUGUUUUGAUUUGUAAAAGAUAUUAUUUGGGUUUAGUUUGUCUUGUUAAAGCCUAGGUGUGCUGGCUGCACAGGGUAAAGACAGUGCCAUUGAUAUCUCUGUUGAGACUGUGAGAAGAACUUUUGCAGCAGCAUUGAGGGGAUCAUUGCCUGGAUGGUUUCACCACAUCAAAAAAGGUUGUGACUCAGUAGAGAUCUCUGAUGUAUACGUAAUACCAAAUAUUCAGCGACAAAGAUGAGGAUUUUAUAACAACAUAUCUGAUGUGAUGUAGAAUUGUUCUGUCAGAUGCUGUGAAAUGUGAUUAUUUCCUGGGUAAAAUCCAAAUAGAAGGACUGUAUAUAGCUGCAGCAAAACAAUUGUACUCUUUCCCCUACCACUCAAAUCUCCAUAAAAUAAGAUUUCAAACUUAACAACACCAGUCACAGUAAAGAUAGCAGUGUAUUGUAAAUAAAAUGAAAUGGCCUUAAUACUUAAACAUGCAAUGUCCGUGUUCCUCCAAAUUAUUUUACCUCACUUCUUUGACUCACAUGUUCUGCAGCCAAUAAGAGAACAGCAGUAUUAGAUUAAGAUUUGAAGCUAAUAUAUUCAGAAUACUUUUUAAGCACACUAGUUUCUUUAGAAAAAUGGUAGUGCAAUGCACCAACACUGUCUGUAUAGUCUGCUAAUAAAUGGAUAUAUCCGUCAAUGACUGAUUUACCUGCUUUGUCUGUCGUGUUUGCUGGUGUGGAGAUCACUCUCUACAUUAUGCUCUGAGUUGCUUUUUCCCCUCGAUUAUAUGUUUUUAUUUAUUGAUUUGGUUCCUAUUGAAGUGGCAUUUAUGGCGUGCAUCUGUUAUACUGUACCUCUGUGGUGACUACAUUCAGCCUCCUGUCAUGUACUUACUCUAUAUAUGUUGCUUCGGAGUAAAUUAUAACGUUGUCAUCUGUAAAGCUCUGUGUUUUUCAGGGGUCAGAUCUCUGUCAGCGCAGUAAAUUUGCAAUGCAAUUAUAAUAAAAUGGUGAAUAUUUAUUUGCUAGUGAGAGAAUAACUCGAAAUACAACUACUGAUUUUGUAAAUAGAUAUUUAGUUGGAGAACAUAGUAUAUAAUGUACGAGAUGGGAUUGACCAACACCUCGAAAUAACUGCCAAGUUAACAAUUUACAGUUUUUUUCUCAUACACUUUCAUUUAAAUAUUAUUUUCAGAGACUUUUGUAUUAUAAGAUGAUUUUAAAAUCUAUUCAGACUGUUCUGUAAAAGGGAAGAUCUCACAGUACAUCCUGCUGAUCAUUUCAGUUGCCUUAUCAUCACAAACUGAAGGUGUAAGUAUAGAUAGAGAAGAAAAUAGUUAAUAGCCAGCAGGAUUUACAAUGAAAUGAAUGUUUUGUUGUUGUUGUUUUUAUUGUAAAUAAAUGCCCUGACAACUUUA